UCAGCAUCCUCCCACAUCCACGGAGAGGCAAGCCGGAGGACGCAGCGCAGCGGCCGGGACAGCCUGUUCUCAGGAUAUCAAAAAGCUAAGAACAGGAGAGAAUGAACAACCGCCUGCGGAUUUUAGAGAAGAAGAUCUGAGAGGAAAAUAUUCAGCUUCUGGUGGAGAUAUUUCACUUCAGAUAAGCCACACAGGAAGAGAAGAGAGACAGCUCGCCGGUCAUGCAGCACUACGGGGUGAACGGCUACUCUCUCCACGCCAUGAAUUCACUGAGCGCCAUGUACAACCUUCACCAGCAGGCGGCGCAACAGGCCCAGCACGCACCUGACUACAGGCCCUCAGUGCAUGCCCUCACUCUUGCAGAGAGACUAGCUGACAUUAUCCUUGAGGCCCGGUACGGCUCCCAGCACCGAAAGCAGCGGCGCAGUCGGACAGCCUUCACUGCCCAGCAGCUGGAGGCCCUGGAGAAAACCUUCCAAAAGACCCACUACCCUGAUGUGGUGAUGCGUGAACGUCUGGCCAUGUGCACCAACCUACCUGAGGCUCGCGUUCAGGUCUGGUUCAAGAACCGGAGGGCCAAGUUUCGCAAGAAGCAGCGCAGCCUGCAGAAGGAGCAGCUCCAGAAACAAAAAGAGGCGUCUGGAGCUGCAGAGGGCUCGACAGAGGACUCCAAGACUGACCUCGCCAACACGAACACCACCACCACCACCCUGCUCCCUGAGUCGCACACUCCUCCCCCUCCCUCCUCAUCCUCAUCCUGUCACUCCGAGACAGCCACGCAGCCCCAGCCUGGAGAGACGAGCGUGGAAGUCAACGUCACCUCUCCUGAGCCAUCGGACAGCGAGUCAGCAGCAGAAGAUAAUGCUGACAGAGAGGAGGACGAAAUGAGAGGGGAGACCAGGGUGAAGAUCAGGGAGGAGACGCACGGAGAGGGGGGAGCACAGCCGGGGAGCAGCUCCCCAUCCUGCAAACGGCUGAGCCCGGUGUCAGAUUCUCCCCUGAGCUCCCCCACCUUGCCGUCCUCCAGCAGCGCGACCAGCAGUUUGGCACAAGGCAACUCCUACGCUUCGUCUCCUCUCAGCCUCUUCCGACUGCAGGAGCAGUUUCGGCAGCACAUGGCCGCCACCAACAACCUGGUGCACUACCCGUCCUUUGACAUGAGCACGCCAUCCUCUCUGCCCUACCUGGGCAUGAACGUCAACAUGCCGUCUCCGCUGGGCUCGCUGCCUUGCCAGUCCUACUACCAGACCCUGUCGCAGGCCCAGCAGGUAUGGAACAGCCCGCUUCUCCAGGCAGCACCAGGCAGCCUCCCUGGAAGCCUCAACAGCAAGACCACCAGCAUUGAGAACCUUCGUCUGAGGGCCAAGCAGCACGCAGCAUCGCUGGGACUGGACACGCUCCCCAACUAACUAAAGCUUGGGCUGCUCAGUGUACGUGUUCGCCCUCUAGCCAGGACCAUAUUUUCAAAUCAUGGGUCCUGUCAGCAGGAGGUGACUCCAGGUCUCCCUUCAUUUUCCUCUUGAGCCCUCACUACUGUCAGCAACCCAUGUGUAUCCAUCCAAAACUCUGACACAUCUUUGAAACCUCAUUAGAAACACCUCAGAAUUAAAAGUAGGCUUUUUUUGGGUUGCUACACAAUUGGCUGUCACAAUGAUGAUCUCAAAAGUCCUCUGUUCAAAAUGUGUCCAAAUUCAAAUUUGUGCUUGUUCAAUGUGAUUUAACUCAACAACUACUGAGAAUGUUUUAUUUGCAGUUUUUUAAAUUUCAUAUAAAAGCCAGAGCAGUGUGACAGUAGAAAUGACAUUUUUCAGGCACAUGUGAAGGCCACGUGUGCCUUAGAACAAGCACUUUAGUUUGGGACCCUGGCUUGUCGUCAUCUCGUCGUCAUCGUAUGCUCAUGCAGCUCACAGCUGGGAGCUCACCAGAACACGAAGAACAUCUCUGCUGGAUAGACGUGAUUAGCACAAGAAUUCAACUCAUUCAGCUCAUUGGGUUGGACUGGACUUGAUUUAAAAAAAAUCUACCUGGACUGCAGUUGUGACUGAACUGUCCUUUUUGCCUGUGGAUCUUUGCUUUUAAUCGACUCCUUCUGGUCAACAGCACAAGCCAACUCAACAAAAGCUGGCUGCUCACUAUGAUUUCAGCCUUCUCUGCGAAGUCAGGACAGAAAGUCAGUCUCAUUCCAGGAUCGAUAAAAGAUAUUAAGAUAUUCUAUUAUUCAACCCCUGAACGUCAACUAUGCAUGCAUGCGCCUCACUGAAGCAUGGCUUACGGCCGCGAGACCCAGAAUGAAGUCACAUCAGAUAUGAUAUCAGAAAUAAAGCUCAGAUCACUCGAUAUAAUCCCUGUUCAGCUGUGUUUUUUGUAGAUGACACAUGACUCUCCUUGUUUAAAGUUACAUCAUUCUGCUCAGCCCGCAAGAAUCCAGUGGGUGUUGUAAAUAUCUCCCCCAGUGUUCGCCUCCAUCUGCCUGGCUAAAGAGUAACUCCAUGUCUCCUUUUGUGUUAGGGAUUUGAGAGGAAACCUUCAAUUUAUUUUUCAGCUGUGGCUUUAAGCAAAGGACAUACAACAGAGAUGAGAUGAGGGGAGAAUCUGCAGAGGCACAGUGACAAAUAAAAAUGACUUGUUCAUUUGGGUGCCUGACUGAACUCAUCAGUCACCACUUUUGCUGACCCACUGGCUUCAGCAGACAGACGCAAGCUCCCAUUCUCUAUGUAUUAUAUCACUGUAGAUUGAAGACAUGUAUUUCUCAAUUGUUUAAAAUGUGAGUAAUUUAUCUGUUUAAUGCAAGGGAAUAAAUCGCACCUAAG